AUGCCCCCUCACCAUCCUGUUCGGGGCCAUCUCAAAAUCGUCUCUGAGAUCUUGAGAGAGCUGCCACCAGACUUUAUGCUAUCGGCAGUUAUUGUGCACGAAAUUCGCAUACGAUACCCAUAUCUUGACCAGGCGUUCUACUUGGACCAGUGUGCUUUUGCUAAGCCCAUCCUCAUCGUUUCGUCUCCGGACGGUGCUCGCCAACUUACGCAAGGGCAUUCACUUGGAAAAGAACCAGGUCAACAAAUGGUCCUCAAGCCUCUCCCUGGAGGUUAUGAUUUAGACACCAUGGAAGGCGACGAAUGGAAGUUAUGGCAUAACGUCCUAAGCCCCGGGUUUCAAGUCUCGAACAUCGCAGCUCUAGUGCCAAGCCUGGCUAACAUGGCCAACAUCUUCUGUAAUCGCCUCCGCCAAUCUGCUCAGAGGAACGAGACAGUUUGGCUCCCUUAUACUACUGCGGCUAUCAAGAAAACUCUAAGAAUAUACCCACCUGGAGCUACGUCAAGAAUGAGCAAUCUCGACUUUCACCUCAUGAUCGAUGCGAUACCACUGAACUAUAAGGACUCCCAUCAAGCUAGAACGAACCUAAUGUUACCAACGGAAGGGUGCAACGUCCUCGCCAUCCGUCACAAUCUACCAUACUGGGCUCAGCCCAACGAGUUUAUCCCCGAGCGAUGGCUAAAAGAGGACGAAGGCGAUGCUUUGCAGCCCCUGGCCAACGGGUGGCGUCCAUUUGAACGUGGACCAAGAAGCUGUACUGGGCAGAAAAUGGCCCGGACUGAAAUAAAGACGGUAUGCGCCAUGACGGCAACAGUGUUCGAUAUCAAGCCUGUCUAUGAAGAGACUGGCCAUUACGAAAAAUAUCAUGAGGAAUCUGUGUAUCUGGUCAGCCGGGGCGGGACGGCAAAUCCUAGUGGUCUUUCCCGUGUCGUGUACUUUUCGCUAGUUAAAGAACGAUGA